CAACCAGCAGCCAGAGAACAGUCAAACCGGGAAUUGUAGUGGUUUUCCUGAAAAACAUUAAAACAUUUUGCACUUCUAGAAGUAAUGAACGGUUUAUAUGGCUAUGGAGAGUUCGAAAAAGAAUCAUCUUUUUUCUCAAUCAUCCAGCGACUGAAUCUUACAUCUGUUUAGGAAGCACGUUAAUGGAUUUGUGUAUGUCAUACUUAAACUAACUCAAGUACAGUCCAAAACUUACACCUUUCCAAUAAUGGCAGUUCAAAGUGGUUACUCCAUUAACUCGACCGCGGAUGACCAUGACAGCGACACUGCACCACUUCUAGAGAAGGAAGUGGAAAAAAUCACAGUGCCUCCCAAAUGCUGCUCUGUACGAUGCAAUCUGGCUGCUAUGAUGUUCUUUGGCUUUGCUGUGGUCUAUGGUCUACGUGUAAAUCUCAGUGUUGCCAUGGUUGCUAUGGUUAAUGACACCAGUAACCAGUCAUCACCCAAUAGCAAUAUAUCGAACGAGUGUCCAGUAUCCACCCAUUCACUUGACAACAACAGCCAAAGUUCAGAACAGCCAGAUGGGAUUCCAAGAUACCAAUGGGAUCCCAAGAUGCAGGGAAUGCUGCUCAGUGCUUUCUUUUUUGGAUACCUGUUUACUCAGAUCCCGGGAGGCUACCUUUCAGGACGCUUUGGAGGAAGCCUGUUCCUUGGUGGUGGUGUGCUUGGAACAGCCGUCCUCACUCUCCUCACUCCACUGUCAGCACAACUUGGAGCCAAGUGGCUGUUUGCCUUGCGUGCACUUGAGGGAUUUGGGGAGGGUGUGACUUUUCCUGCCAUGAUGGCGAUGUGGGCCCGCUGGGCUCCUCCACUGGAGCGGGCUCGUCUGAUGACGUUCUCAGGUGCAGGCUCUAGCUUUGGGGCCUUUGUGGCUCUUCCUCUCACUGGCUUCGUCUGCCAUAGUCUGGGGUGGCCAGCGGUCUUCUACUCCUGCGGAGGUGUCGGGUGCCUCUGGGCAGUGUUUUGGUUUAUCUUGGUGUCAGAUGAACCCCGAACUCACCCAAGAAUUAGUGACAGAGAGAAAGAUUACAUAAUUAACUCAAUAGGUUCACAGGGGAUGCCUCAUGGUUGGUCAGUGCCUGUAUUAUCUAUGCUGUUCUCUGUGCCUCUUUGGGCCAUAAUCAUCUCACAGAUGUGCUCUAACUGGUCUUAUUACACUCUCCUCACCUCACUUCCUACCUACAUGGACACUGUGCUCCACUUUGAUUUGCGACAGAAUUCGUUCCUCUCCGCUCUGCCGUACCUGGCUGGAUGGCUGUUCUCAGUGGGCUCAGGGGUGCUUGCAGACAACCUCCUGGAGAGGGAGCUCCUGAGUGUCACAGCUGUCCGUAAACUCUUCACUUUCAUUGGUCUGUUUCUUCCCGCUGUUUUCCUGCUUGCUGUAGGCUUCACGGGUUGUAGCGGUGUGCUGGCUGUGACAUUUCUCACUUUGUCCAGUGCAUUUGGGGGUUUCAGUGCUGCUGGUGUCUUCAUUAACCAGAUUGACAUUGCUCCACGGUACGCAGGUACACUUCUAGGAAUCACAAACACUUUUGCGACCAUCCCUGGAGUUCUUGCACCAAUUGUAGUGGGUUACUUGACCAAAGAUUACUCAGUUACAGGAUGGAGACACGUGUUCUGGUUGUCUGCAGGGGUGAGCGCCUUUGGAGCCAUCUUUUACGUGAUCUUUGGCACUGGAAAGAUUCAGAGCUGGGCGAGGACAGAUGAGGAAUCUGACACAGAUACACACAAUUAAACAUUCCAGUUGACCAAUUCAGAGGGAUAUGAGUUUUAUCCUAUACUCAACACAUGCUACCAGUCAGAAGUUUGGACAGACUUCAUACUUUUUCAUGAUUUAAAAAAAAAAGAAGUGUUAUUCUAAAGACCAAUAUAAAAUAUUUAUGUAUAUUUAUAUAUAUAUAUA